ACAGGAGACAGCAGAAGAUGCCUCUCCGCUUCUCCAAGCUGGUCCAAGGACUGGGGCGCUCACUGCAGAGGGUUCGAGGCCUCUCCUCCUUUGGGAUGGCUCACCAACAACAAGCUCUUUCAGCAUUGCCUCCAAGGAGAAGGUUCAGCUCCACUUGCAGGCUUCAAGACGUCCCCAGCGACACAGGCUCCUCUCAUCCUUCAUCGCUGACUUCUCCGGAGAAGGUCCAGCUCCAUUUUAUCAACCGAAAUGGAGAGAAGUUCUCUGUCGCCGCCAAGGAAGGGGAGAGUUUGCUGGAAGUGGUGGUCAAUCAGAACCUCAGCAUCGAUGGCUUUGGUGCGUGCGAAGGGACCCUCGCUUGCUCCACUUGCCACCUCAUCUUUGAAGAAGAGGCUUUCCGAAAACUGGGCGCCGUCAGCGAGGAAGAGCUGGACAUGCUGGACCUGGCUUUUGGCCUGACAGACACGUCCCGCCUGGGUUGCCAGGUCCAUGUCAAGAAGUGGAUGGACGGCUUGACCCUCCAUGUCCCCAGGGAGGUCUCCGACAUCCGGAAAGAGCUGGAAGUGGAGAAGCAAAGCAAGCAAUGACUGGAAAUGGUUUCCGUUUCAUGCAGCUCCGUGAAGGUUACUGCGAAGCCCCUCUCUCUCAUUCUGAUCGUUUUCGAAUUGCAUUGUUAUUGUUGUGACUCCCUUCUCUAUUUGACCUUCCCCACUUUCUGGAAUGUGGGAGGAAUGCUUUGGAAAUGGUGACACUCACCUCUUGCAUUGCAAGUUGACAUUUCUUACUGCCUUUUCUCUGAAAGAGUUAUCUCCA